AUGAUAAACGCUCUUAGAUCAUCGCCUCCUGAUUUGCGUGAUGAUCUUAUGACAUCCAUUAUCUAUAGUGCUAAUGCCCGCGUCGUAGAUCCCGUUCGUGGGUGUUUAGGUGAAAUUCAAACUUUGCUUUCGAAAACUACACACGCUCUGACAGAACUACAUUUGAAUACUCAACACAGAGCCAAUAACGAUGUUCCACUUUUUUCUUAUGAAUACGUUUUUGAUGAAGCCGUUUUUGUUGAAAACCCUGAUCAACAAUUUCAAAAUCAACACUUUGAGAAUCAACAAUAUAUGCCAUCAUUCCACCAAUCACAUCAUGGGAAUAACCAAUACAAGUUUUUCUUUCUUUUUGUUUCCUUAGUUAUUGGCUUAGCUUAG